AGGCUAUUUACAGUUCGGAUCUGCCCCCUCCCACCCUCUGACCCUCCCUACUGCUUCAUUAUUUCCCCCGGCGCUUGUCAGCACCUCAUAGAUCCUUUUGCUUUUUUGUUUAUGAUCUGUUUCCAACCGGCUCCACGAGGGCCGGAUGUUUGUGUUUGAUUCACAGCUGUAUCUCAGACGCCUGUCACCGUGCCCCGCACCGUGCCUCACGACCGGGAGGCGUUCAACCCACGUUGUUGACGGAACGAAGGAAGGCAAGAUCGCGAGACCGGCUGUGCAGGUGGCCCGGGUGGAGAGGGAUGCACGGCCACGCUUGUCUCCUUUGCCGGAGCCCGGAGCCCGCCCCCGGCCUCCCGGGCAGGCGGGGCCGGGCAGGCAGGAGUUAAGCCGCGCGCGCGCUUCCGACCCGCAGGUGGCGCCGUCCCGCCUCGGUGCCCGGCUCCGGGCGCUCCGAAGUGCGGGACAGAAUCGCAGGGAGCGCGGAGCCGAAGCUCAGCCCGACUUGUUGAUCUCGCCCAGGCAGCUGCCGCCGCCACCGAGCAAGCAGGAGGAGGAGGAGGUGGAGGAAGCGCCGCGCGGCCGCGGUCCUGCCCCCGCGCCCCCGGCGCCCGCCCGCGCCCCCUGCCUCGGAGAGCGCGUCCCGGCCCCGCGGCGCCUGCAGCCCGGUCGCGUCGCCUGCCCGGCCGGGGUAGGCCCGGCCCAGCCCGGCCCCGGGACCGCCGCUGCCCACGGGCGGGGGCGCCCGGGCGGCCGGGACGAUGCGCGGUCCCUGGCCCCGGGAGGCGGCCGCCCUGGGGCCGUCGGGAUGGAGGUGAGAAGACGGCCGUGACGCGCGCGCGCGCGGCCCCUGCACCCCCAGCAGCCCACAGCGCUCCCUGCCCCCCUCCCCUGCAGCAGCGGGCCUUGCCGUCGAGUGACAGCGGCCUGGGGGGGCAGGGGGGGCGGGGGCGGCCGGAACAGCGAUGCCGGCGGGCAUGACGAAGCAUGGCUCCCGCUCCACCAGCUCGCUGCCGCCCGAGCCCAUGGAGAUCGUGCGCAGCAAGGCGUGCUCUCGGCGGGUCCGCCUCAACGUCGGGGGGCUGGCACACGAGGUGCUCUGGCGUACCCUGGACCGCCUGCCCCGCACGCGGCUGGGCAAGCUCCGUGACUGCAACACGCAUGACUCGCUGCUCGAGGUGUGCGACGACUACAGCCUCGACGACAACGAGUACUUCUUUGAUCGCCACCCGGGCGCCUUCACCUCCAUCCUCAACUUCUACCGCACGGGACGACUGCACAUGAUGGAGGAGAUGUGCGCUCUCAGCUUCAGCCAAGAGCUCGACUACUGGGGCAUCGACGAGAUCUACUUGGAGUCCUGCUGCCAGGCCCGCUACCACCAGAAGAAGGAGCAGAUGAACGAAGAGCUCAAGCGUGAGGCCGAGACCCUACGGGAGCGGGAAGGCGAGGAGUUCGAUAACACGUGCUGCGCAGAGAAGAGGAAAAAACUCUGGGACCUACUGGAGAAGCCCAAUUCCUCUGUGGCUGCCAAGGGUUGUCUGAAGGAUGAAGGAUGAUAGUGAUGAUGAGUGUUGAAGCUGUGCCUGAUAAACCCUGCCUCCCCUCUCGAUAAAGACACCCAGAGGCCCAGGAUGCUCCAGUGACCUGCCUGGGACCACACAGACCAUCAUUGCCUUUCAGACCCCCUGAGAGACCAGAUGCCAAGAGAUGAUCCUGGUCAACACCUGAAGUAACAGCAAGAUCCCUGAGCAUCAGCUGGUACUGGUGAUGGGGCUAAAAAGGCCUGAGAAUGGCCCCUGAUCCUUCACCAACUUGCUGUGUGAAUGUGAAAUGCUUAGGAAGAAAAAGAGCUGGUCAAAUGAGCAGGUUGGCCAAAGCUUAAUUAACUGGAAGAGAACAAGCAUGCAUUAGGCACCAACUCCACACCCAGCCCUUUGUGUACUUCCCAUACUUGAUAACAUCGUCAGGAUGGGAAGCGCUUGACCUUAGUGCUGGAUUGCCCAAGUUCAGUGUUUGGCCCCUCUUCUCACUAACCAUGUGAUUUGGGUCAACUAUUGCAGCUUUCUGUGUCCUGCUUCCUUCAGCCAACAGCAAUUUUGGGCCAAUCACUGUGUUUGCCUCGCUGGAUUGAGUUAAACGAGUUAAUGUAUACAAAGCUCUUAGACUAGGGCCUGGCACAUAGAAAGCCCUCAAUAAUGGUUGGGAUUUUUUGUUUUGUUUCUUUAUUGUCCUCUCAUGUAAUCCUCCUGACAACCCUGCAAGAUAAAUAAGAGAAAAAAAAUUGCUUUUAAAAAAAAUUGCUCUUAUAAAAUGAUACCUGCUCAUUGUAAGGCUAGAGGCUUUCUCUGGCCACUGGAGUCCGGUAAAGGCAGGGCACUAACACCCCAGCAGGAACUAAUGGGAUAUCAACUCCUGGCUGAUGGGGAAGGUGUAUAUGUGCUUCUGCCCUGGCUGGGGUAUAACUCAGAGGUGUCUGUUCUACACUGGUCCCCAGAGCAGCUCCAGUUGCUCACAGCAAUUACUUGCUUGACAACAGACCCUGUUUGACCUCUUUCCCAUCCCUGUCUCAUGUUCCCUCUCCCCUUCAGAGUUUUCUGGGAUCACUUAUCAUAUAAGCCACUUGUACUCAGAAUCUUGUCUUAGGAUCUGGGUGUGGGGGAACCAACCAAAGCUCUGUGGGACGCCUCAUUUAUUCAGAAUGGCCUGCUGCUGUAUUAUAGACAGCCCCCGAUAGAGACAACUUCUCUUGGGAGUUGUCAUAAAAGAAGAAAUUCCAGGUCUGGCAGGGCACAGUCAGCCUCAUCUCCGUCUCUUGGAUAAAAUGAAAAGCACAGCAGUGGCAGCAACAGCUAACACUGAGUGCUUACAAUGUGCUUGCCUGGCACAGUGCAAAGGGCAUUAAAUGCCCUUCACACCUGAUUUUCGCAGCCCCCUCAUAAGGGAGGGAUAACUAUCCUCAUCUGACAGACAUGGAAACUGAGGCUCAGAGAGGGGAAGCGUCUGGCCCAGAGUUACACAGUGAAUAGAAGGCUGGGACAGAUCCCACCCAGGACUCCCUGACUGCCCAGCCCACGACUUUGACCUCUGUGUUGUAUGAGUGACCUUCAGAAAGUGAGAAGCAAGAUCCCAGUGUUCCCUUCUCAUGCUGGGGCAAUGCUGAGAGGUAAGAGAUUUUUCCAGAAUCGGAUAACUUGAGAGUGUUCCUAGCUCUGGGUCUAGGAUGACUUUACCCCAAAAAGCUCCUGGAUGGGACUAUCGGAGACACAGAUUUAGCAUUAAGCAUUAUUUUCAUAGAUGCAUACAGUCCCACCUUUUCCCUGAGGUGACGUCAUCUUGAUUUUGGUGUCUCCGGCAGGAGUGGGCAUGACUAGGUGGGGCCGGGGACUGGGAGGAAUCU